AUGAGCAGGACUGCGGCUGUGUUUGCGCCAUUCCUGCUUCUGUGCUUGGCGGUGCACGCGCUGCCGUUCCACAGCUUGAAUAAGUCCACUCUGCACCAUGUACCCAGCAAAGACCUACCGUUCACAGAGAAAUACUUCACUCAAAUACUGGACCACUUUAACUUUAACAGCAUGGGCAACGGCACGUUCAGACAGCGCUACCUCAUCACCGAUAAAUACUGGAAGACGGGCUAUGGCCCAAUAUUCUUCUACACCGGGAACGAAGGAGACAUCUGGGAUUUUGCCUUGAACUCUGGGUUCAUCAUUGAACUGGCGGCUCAGCAGGGGGCGCUGGUCAUCUUUGCAGAACACAGAUACUACGGCAAGUCUCUGCCGUUUGGAGAGGACUCGUUCCACAUCCCGGAGGUGGGUCUGCUGACCGUGGAGCAGGCUCUGGCCGACUACGCCCUGAUGAUCCAAGAGCUGAAGCAGGAGCUGGUGGCCUUGCUCUGUCCCGUCAUCGUGUUUGGAGGAAGUUACGGAGGAAUGCUGUCGGUCUACAUGAGGCUGAAGUAUCCCAACGUCGUAGCAGGAGCACUGGCCGCCAGCGCCCCCAUCCUGUCCACCGCGGGACUGGGAGAUCCACGACAGUUCUUCAGAGACGUGACCGCGGAUUUCCAGGGCUGCAGCGCUGAGUGCAGGGACUCCGUGAGGGGAGCCUUUGCACAGCUGAAGGAGCUCGCAGAUAACAAGGACUACAGUUUAGUCCAGCAGAAGUUUGGCCUGUGUGCCACGCCCUCCACGCCCCAGGACAUGCAUCAGCUGAACGGUCUGCUCCGGAACGCCUUCACCCUCAUGGCCAUGCUGGACUACCCCUACAAGACACAGUUCAUGAGCCAGCUGCCGGCUAAUCCAGUGCAGGUGGGCUGCGACACCAUGAUGAGUGGACCAGACCUGCUCGCCAACCUCAGGAACACUGCAGGGAUCGUCUACAACUCGACUGGGGAGCUGGCGUGUUUGGAUCUGUACAAGCUGUUUGUGGAGUGUGCCGACCCCACGGGCUGCGGCCUGGGCCCCAACAGCCUGGCCUGGGACUAUCAGGCCUGCACGGAGAUCGACCUGUGCUUUGAGAGCAACAACGUGACGGACAUGUUCCCCCCGAUGAUCUUCACAGAGAACCAGCGGCAGGACUACUGCAGCCGGCGCUGGGGGGUGAUCCCGCGGCCGGGCUGGCUCCAGCUGAACUUCUGGGGAGAGGCUUUGUCCACUGCCAGUAACAUCAUCUUCUCUAACGGAGACCUGGACCCGUGGGCCAACGGAGGGGUCAGAAAAUCCCUAAGUCCAUCUUUAGUGGCAAUCAACAUUGCAGGAGGAGCUCAUCAUCUUGACCUGAGGGGGUCAAAUGUCGCUGAUCCAGGGUCAGUGACCCAGGCCAGGAAAAUGGAGUCUCAGCUCAUCGCAGAGUGGGUGAAGACUGAGAGGAGGAGGCUGAAACAGGGACACACACUUUAUAAUAAAUCUUGA